UGACAUUUUUAGCUAUACAAUUCAACUUUAUUGGUCCACUCCAAAUUGUGGAUGUGUGAAUCACAUGGCAAGAUUUGUAGCUUCAACAACUACACUGUGCCGCGACCUGAAAUUCAAUGUUUGGAGUCUUUGGACAAGCCCAAAACAUCCAAAGGAUCAGCAACAUCAAAGUUAAGAACCUAUCACUUGGUUGGGAAAAGCUGCAAGACAUUGCUCUAGGCAUAGCCAAGGGAAUUGAAUAUCUUCAUCAAGGGUGCGAUCAACAAAUACUUCAUUUUGAUAUUAAACCUCAUAGUAUCUUGCUAGACCACAACUUUAACCCAAAGAUCUCAAAUUUUGGCCUAGCAAAGUUGUGUUCCAAGGAAAAAAGCGCAGUUUCAAUGACUGCAGCCAGAGGGACCAUAGGCUAUAUUGCCCCUGAAGUUUUUUCUAGGAAUUUUGGAAAUGUGUCGUGUAAAUCGGAUAUUUAUUGCUUCGGGAUGUUGCCACUUGAUAUGGUGGGAAUGAGGAAGAACGGUACUCUUACAGAAGAGGACACCAACCAAACAUACUUUCCACAAUGGAUUUAUAAUCCCUCAAGUAUAGGGGAAGAGUUAUGGAUGCUCAUUGAAAAUGAGGAAGAUGCCAAGAUAGCAAAGAAACUAACUAUUGUUGGGCUGCGGUGCAUUCAGUGGUACCCAGUGGAUCGCCCAGCCAUGAACACUGUACUUCAAAUCCUGGAAGCCAAAGGAGAAACACUUAUCGUGCCCACAAGUCCAUUUGCUCCAACCAUGUCUACAAGUACUUUUGAUGCAGAGAUUGAAGUUAUUUCUGAAUCAGGGUGAUGGUAAGUUUGUUUUUUUUAUGCUAUUUUAGUAUUUGCCCUGGGUAGGAACCAUGCAUCCACUCCUCCAUAAGUACCAUGUCAACCCUAUUGCUUGUUGUUGUGUAGCUAGUUUUGUCUCUAUUUCUUUUUAUUCUUCAAAUGAUAAUAAAGAAAAACUUUAUUGCAUCA